AGCAUGAGCCGAACCGCCUACACUGUGGGAGCUCUGCUUCUCCUCUUGGGGACCCUGCUGCCGGCUGCCGAAGGGAAAAAGAAAGGGUCCCAAGGGGCCAUCCCCCCUCCAGACAAGGCGCAACACAAUGACUCGGAGCAGACUCAGUCACCCCCGCAGCCGGGAUCCAGGAACCGCGGGCGGGGCCAGGGCCGGGGCACCGCCAUGCCCGGGGAGGAGGUGCUGGAGUCCAGCCAGGAGGCCCUGCAUGUGACCGAGCGCAAAUACCUGAAGCGAGACUGGUGCAAGACGCAGCCGCUGAAGCAGACCAUCCACGAGGAAGGCUGUAACAGCCGCACCAUCAUCAACCGCUUCUGCUACGGCCAGUGCAACUCCUUCUACAUCCCGCGGCACAUCCGGAAGGAGGAAGGCUCCUUCCAGUCCUGCUCCUUCUGCAAGCCCAAGAAAUUCACCACCAUGAUGGUCACGCUCAACUGCCCUGAACUGCAGCCACCCACCAAGAAGAAGAGGGUCACACGUGUGAAGCAAUGUCGUUGUAUAUCCAUCGAUUUGGAUUAAGCCAGCACACCCAGCCUGUCCUGGGGAUGCAGC